AUGACCUACGAGAUACUACAAGAUCUUCCCAGCACCUCGACUCCAGGAGAUUAUCUCAGGUUACAUUUUGACCCUUCUUCCUUGCCCAAGAAAAGAAUCGUGGGUUUUCUAGCAUGUCAAAGAGAUCCCCUACUUCGUACUCUUCGUACGAAAGUGAUCUCGUCUCAACUUGCCAAAGUCACCGCGGCACCUCCCCAGAAAGGGAGGGGAAAGAAGAAAGGUGGUGCAUCCAUUGAGGAAACACAGGAGAAGACGAUCACUAGUGGCACGUUGUGGGAGGUACAAACUGAAGAUACUGUCAUCUUCCCGGAAGGCGGCGGUCAGCCAUGCGAUUUAGGAACUCUUUACAUCCCCUCAUCUCAACAAACUCUACGAAUAGAAGCUUGUCUCCGUGUCGGCCUCGAUGCGGUCCAUCUCGUUCGUGUUCCACCCGAUGAAAUCCCUCUCGAUAAUCUUGAAGGUUUAGAGGUAGACCUUGAAGUUGAUUGGGUGAGACGUCAAGACCAAAUGGCUAUCCAUACAGCUCAACACCUCCUCUCUGCCGUAUUGGACACUAUGGAGCUACCUACUUUGUCUUGGGGAAUGCCGGCUCAUCCUUCCAUCGAUACGCCGUAUGUGGAGUUACCAAGGGCGUUGACAUGGGCAGAAGUGGCAGAAGUGGAGCAGAAAUGCAAUGCUCUGAUCAGGGAAGAUCGGAAGGUGUGGAUAGAUGUUUAUGCGCAACAUGAAGGAGGAGGACAAGUAGGGAGGGAGUUUAGGGAUAUUCCAAAGGAUUAUCAGGGCGGCGUCAUCCGUCAUUGCAAUAUCGAAGGUACAGAUCGUAACGCUUGUUGUGGUACUCAAUGUCCUUCUCUCAAACACUGCGAAAUGAUUCAUCUCAUCCCACCUUCUACACCAUCCACAUCUUCCAUCCCAGCCCUCACUCCCACUCGACUGUUCUUUACCGCUGGUCCUCGUGCACGACGAUACCUAUCAGACGCCAGUCGUACCCUCUCCCUCGCCAGCCAAGCCAUCAGUGUGAAUCGUACCGACCUUGUCGCGCGGGUGGAGAAGAUUGACGAGCUACGUAGAGAAGGUCAAACUCAACUCACUGCCGUCCGAUCAGAAUUACAAACUCUUGUGGGUGAACAAGCCGCCUCACAGGGUAAGAUCGCAUGGGUCAAAAGAGGACAACAGGCAACACACCAUUUUGAUUUUCUUAGUGGAGUCACCGGGACGUAUCUUGAAAAGGUACCGGAUGGGGUCAUCGUAGCUACUUCAGCUUUGCAGGGGGGUAUGACGGGGUUGGUGGUUGUGCAAUCGAGAGGUGAGUUGGCGAAGGAGGUUUUUGACAAGUUGAAAAAGGCUUUGGAGGGGGAGGAAAAGGGCAGAGUGAAAGGGGGAGGAGCGAAGGGUAGGUUCAUGGCCAAGGUGGAGGGUAAGUGGGGGAAGAAAGGGGAUGAGGUGGUGCAAAGGGUGAUUGAUGAGGUGAGUUCUGACUCGCUUAUCGGCCAUUUGUUACACUAUAUGAUCCCUCGACAACAUGUAAACGCUAGAUACGUAGAAGAUGAGUACUGA